UGAAAUGACAGACCUCGAUUGACGACAGCAAAAUAUGACAGGUCGUCUUGAGACUUAGAUAUUAAUUUUUCUCUCGAUUACUGUAAAUAGAACAUGCUUUUUCUCUUUAAAUAAAGCAUGUAUUUCUUAAACCAUUAUCUUACAUAUAAUAUCUCCCAGUUUCGAUAAAAUCAUUUACAUAUAAGGUUAUAGACCGCUAGUGAGUGAACACGUAUGCAGUAAAUCGUUUUUCUUUUGAUUUUAAGUCUGAAAUGACGUGAAGCAUACAAUUACUUAUUAUAUUAAUAAAAUGCUUCCCCUUACACAAAAAGACACUAGGGUCUCGCGAGGUUCUGUAGGUGGACUUCGUGAAAAAUUUCAAAAUUGGCUUCGACUAAUAUUCGCAGAUAAAAAUUCUAAGAAUUUGUUUCUGUUUCUAUUACUUAACUUAUCUUUUGCAUUUGUGGAAUUGUUUUAUGGUGUUUGGUCGAACAGUUUGGGUUUGAUUUCUGAUGCAUUCCAUAUGUUCUUUGAUUGCACGGGUUUGGUGGCCGGACUUGCUGCAUCCUUAGUAUCUAAAUGGCGAGCCAAUGAACGCUACUCUUAUGGCUAUGCCAGAGCUGAAGUGCUUGCCGGCUUUGUCAAUGGACUCUUUCUUUUGUUUAUUUCAUUUUUCAUAUUAAAAGAAGCCGUCGAAAGGGCCAUUGAACCACCGGAGGUGAAACAUGAGCGCCUACUCGUGGUGUCCGUGUUAGGUUUCCUUGUCAAUUUAAUCGGUAUAUAUGCCUUUCAUCACGGCCACGGACACGGUCACGGUGGCCACGGCCAUUCCCAUGGUGGCCACGGUCAUUCGCAUAACCACAACCACGGGCAUUCUCAUGACGAAAUCGAAGCUCCGACGGGAGCUGGAUCCGCUAUAAUGCGUGGAGUGUUCCUCCACGUCCUCGCAGACACUCUGGGUUCCGUGGGUGUAAUCAUUUCUGCUAUUUUAAUGCAGAUGUUCGGCUGGAUGCGUGCUGAUCCCAUUUGUUCCAUGGCGAUAGCGUUACUUAUUGCCGCGAGUGUGUUCCCGCUAGUGUUUGACUCUGGUGCUGUUCUCAUGCAACGGACUCCUGAGUCGCUCGAACGAGCCCUACCCAAUUUGUACACGAGGGUCGUCGGUCUGGCUGGAGUUCAUGCUGUACAGGAUCCACAUUUCUGGACCUUAUGCAGCGACGUCCACGUUGGUGUUUUGAAGCUGGAGGUUGCGAAGGAGGUCGACCCUCGGUACAUAACAGACCAGGCUGCCAGAAUCUUCCGGGAGGCUGGUGUCAAACAUCUCACGGUUCAAUUGGACUACUCUCCACUUUGAUAAGGACUUGAAUAUAACACAUGUACAUAUUCCCAAGGAGUGAACAUUAAUAUAUUGUAUAUAAGUAAUCCUGUGCAAACCUGUAAGUGCUAUAAUAAACCUGCCCGAGACGUUUCUUUAAUGUCUUAGAUGGAGUUUCACAAAAACGAGUGUGUUGUGAAUGAUCUAUUUAUUUAAAACUAACAGUACAUAGAAGAAGUGAUGCAAAUUGUGUUCUGUGUCAUAUAAAAUUGAUUUUGUAGAAUCAGUUUUGCCGAUAAGCAUUUUAUUAAAAUUUUUCAUUACAAUGUGCAAUUACAUUUAUAUUUCAAUAGAAAGCAAUUUAAUCAAUAUAAGUAUUACUUGGUAUUUAAUAUCUACAAUUUAUUUCGAAAUUAUUUUAUGUAUAAAUAUAUUUUUACUUUGUUUUAUUAAUCUUAUUUUUAUUAUUUUAAUAUCAAUUCGGUAAAUUAAUAAAAAAAAAAAUCAUGAGCAUACCGUAUAAUACGCAUUCCAUUAAGUUUAGAAACUUGAGUUACCUCUGUAUACUGUUUUUAAAGCUAUUAAUUUGGACUUUUAUAUAAAUACGUGACAAUUACAUAGAGAUAUGUGUGUGUGUCGCUUUAAAUUUGUUCCGGUCUCAAAUAACUUUAUGAAACUCGUCACAAUAUAAAUAGUCAUAUUUCUUUUAAGGUCGGAAAAACACUGGCAUAUAAUUUUUUUUUUUUUAAUAUAUAUAUCUCUUUACAAAAAUAGGGGUGUUAAGAAAUAAAACAGUAGGACUUUAAUAAAUCUCUUUACAUCCUUAGCGACAAGAUAUCAAUCAUAUACAUACAACAAACAUAUUUAAAUAAAUUUGUUAAGUAAAGGAAAUCGUUUUAUUUAAUAAAAAAAAACCGUGACUGCGCCACGAGAUCCAAGCAACGAUAUAAUCACACUGAGCUUCAACUAUUUCAU